ACAACGUGGUAGCUCUGUGGAUAAAACCUUGGUAUCGUCGUUUCCCAGUUCAGUACUUCAGUUUUAACAAAUCAGCAAUGUCUUCAGUUCAGCAUCUGAGAGAGUUCGUCACCGAGCGACUAACUGCUGCUGUUGAAGAAAUAUUCGGAGUCUUUGAGAAAACGAUCGUAGAGUACGAAGAAGAGAUCGAUCGUCAGCGCAGACUGCUGGAUAUCGUUUGGAAACCAGAAGUAAAGAUACACAGAAUAGAGCUGUCACAGCAACAUGUCUGUAAGGAGGAGGUGGUUCUGGCUGACCAGCAGCUCUGGAACCAGGAGAAGAACUCCAGUCUGGACCCAGAGCCGCCACAGAUUAAAGAGGAACAGGAGGAACUCUGCAUCAGUCAGGAGGGAGAGCAGCUUGGACUGAAGCAGGAGACCGAUCCUUUUAUGUUGACUCCUACUUAUGAGGAAAGGGACCACAGUGAAGCAGAACCAAUCAGUGACCAGCAGCUCCUCUGUCACAGCUCUGCUGUAGCUGACAGCCAGGAUCAGGAAGGAAGCCAGCAUGGAGACUCAGGAUCAGCUAGUAAUGCAGAGCCAAAGCCAAAGAGGAGACGUCACAAAGACACAAGUCACAAUAGCAGUGUGGACACCUCUCCUGUGUCAGAGGCUGACUCUGAUCCUCCCACAGAUAGAAAGUCUUUAAAGUGUGACACUUGUGGCAAAACCUUUAGAUACAAGACCAUUUUUAAUAGACAUCUUAGAAGUCACACAACAGAGAAUCAGUAUUGUUGUGAAAUGUGUAAGAAAAUUUUCAAAUAUAACUCUGACCUUUUGGUCCACAUGAGAACCCACACAGGUGAGAGGCCGUAUGUUUGCAAGACAUGUGGGAAAGGAUUCAUACAGUCAUCACAUUUGAAUGUUCAUUUACGAAUCCACACAGGCGAGAAGCCGUAUUCUUGCAAAACUUGUGGGAAUUCUUAUAGGCAACGGCAGCACUUAUUGAACCACAUGAGAUCCCACACAGGGGAGAAUCUGUAUGUUUGCAAGACGUGUGGGAAAGGAUUCGUGGAGUCAUCAGUUUUGAAGGUUCAUUUAAGAACCCACACAGGUGAGAGGCCGUAUGUUUGCAAGACAUGUGGGAAAGGAUUCAUACAGUCAUCACAUUUGAAUGUUCAUUUACGAAUCCACACAGGCGAGAAGCCGUAUUCUUGUAAAACAUGUGGGAACUCUUACAAGGAACGGCAGAAGUUGUUGAUCCAUAUGAGAUCCCACACAGGAGAGAGACCCCAUGUUUGCAAAACAUGUGGGAAAGGAUUUAUGCAAUCAUCAGCUUUGAAGGUUCAUUUAAGAACCCACACAGGUGAGAGGCCAUAUUUUUGUAAAAUAUGUGGGAACUCUUAUAGGCAACGCCAGCGGUUGUUGAUCCACAUGAGAACCCACACAGGUGAGAGGCCAUAUGUUUGCAACAUGUGUGGGAAAGGAUUCAUGCAAUCAUCAGUUUUGAAGGUUCAUUUAAGAACCCACACAGGGGUCACUUGUUGGUCCACAUGAGAAUCCACACAGGGGAGAGGCCAUAU